UUCAAUGGCUGAACUAAAUUCACCCCCACAACCAAGCAAAAAAAGAGGAAGACCACCCGGCAGAAGAGUGUCGCUAAACGGCGACAAAGAAUCAAGAAAACAAAACUUCAUGAAGAAAAUUCUCGACGACGACAAAGCAACGAAAACCGCAAGUUUCUACAAGCGGAAGCCGACUCUGAUGAAAAAAGCUGAGGAGAUUCGCACAUUAUGUGAUGUUUCGGUUUGCGUCGUCUGUUUCGCGCCUAAUGGAAGCGUUGAUGUCUGGCCAGAAGACGAGCAAUGCGCGAAAGAAGUAAUGUGGGGUUAUCAAAGAUUACAGGACAAAGAGAGAAAGGAAACAAAUGUGUUGGAUUUCUUGCGACACAAGAAACAGAAGCUUGAAAAGAAGGUACAACAAGUGAAACUUAAUACAUUAGUUUCAGCUUUGCCUGAAUACAUUGAUGGGUUAUCGGAAAGUACUCAGUUGAUGGAUUUUGUGAACGAGUUAGAAGGUAAAGUGAAAAGCUUGAAGGAAAGGAUGGAGAUUAUAAGAUCAGAAAACAAAGGGAAAAUUACAAGAGAGGAGAAUAUUGAAGAGAAUUUUGAGAAUUUGUUCAUUCCAAUUGAUCAUCCACCACAAAAUUCAUACGUUCAUGAUGCUUUGCCAUUUUCAGUAUGGCAACCAACUACUGAACCACUGCUUAAUAUUAAUUCUAGUAAUUAGGGAUUAGGGAAUGAAAAUUGAGAUUAGGGAUUUUGC